AUGGCGUCCUCGGUGCAGGCCGGCUACUUCCCCGUCUACCCCGUCCAGGACCUCCUCCCGGACCCGGAGAUCCGCACCUUCCUCACCAACUUCUACCGCAUCUCCGACAACCCGGCCUCGGACGAGCUUUGGGUCAGCCACUUCACCGACGACGCGCACAUACGGGAGCUUCGCGGGAGGAUGUGGAAGGUGGUGGCGGAGAGGAGGCACACAGUGGAAAAGGUGUUCCCGGCAAGGUUCCGGGAGGACGAGCAGGGGGAGUGCGAGUGCAUGCUGUUCGGGGAGGUGCGGAUCAAGACGAGGGACGACAAGGAGAUGGUGGUGCCGUGGGCGGGACAUGCGACGUUGACAAAGGUGGUUGUUGAUGGGUUGAAGGAGGAGUGGAAGUUUGCGCAGUAUCGCGUUUGGCUUCAGAGGUGA